UUUAGUGAAACACCGGAGUGACGCUCCGGCGGUCUUUUUGAUUUUUAGAUUUGUUUUGUACUGCCGAACACAAAGUUUACUAAACAAGUCAAAUCGGAGAUGACGUUUGUUUUUGGACUAAGCGAUAGUAAAUAAAUUAAGUUUAUAACCGUGUGUCAAGAGUUACAUUUGUGUCAUGUUGAUUAAUACCCAGUUACUCAGACGUUUGUCAACACCAGUACUCCUGCUUCAGCAUGAGCACCUCGGCUCCUGUGAGGAAGAAAAGCUACAUGGGGCAACACCAGAUCAAAAAGAAAAUAAGCUUCCAGUCUCGUGAUGAGCCACCAGACGGAGACGCACAGUUGCAGAAAACCUGCUGCCUGUCAGACAAAACAAACCGUCUCCAGACGCUGAGCAGAGACGGUGACAUGGGUGGAGGAUCUCUGACCGUGCUGGGGGAAACCACUUUAGCUCUCGAUGAAGAGAUGCUGCGGGUGCUGGAUGCUGUCGAUGCUGUAAAGCCUGCAGUUAACGGUGUUUGUUCAGCAACGUUAAACAAACACGGUCAGCAACAACCAGCAUCCUCAGCUGCUCCUUCAAGGAGUCUUGCGCCGGUUGCUCGUGAUGAAAAGGAGAGUGAUUCUGUGCAGAUCACCGAACAAGGACCCAAUAGAGCUCCUACCCUACGGGAGGAAAUCUAUGAGCGUAGAGGAGAUUGUAAUAGACCAGGAUGGAGAUCUGACUGCAAAGACCUUGCUCAGAAGCUUCUGUUCAGUGAGGACUCUGAGGAGGUGGCGUCUGCUCAGAGGAGCACUGAAAACAACCACACAAACAACCCACAAACUUCUGCCAGUGUCAAUGUUCUACCUCGUCAAGAAAUGCAAAACAGUCACAAAGCAGGCAAUUGCAGCAAGCAGAAUCUUACGCCCAGAAGAAAGAGCUCACCUCGUAGAAAAGACCAAAGUGGGUCAAGUGGUAAUAGUGAUCCACGUCCAGAUGUGUCCAGAGACUACAUCUUAUUCAGCCCCACCCGUCUCGCAGCAGCUAUGAAGAAGGCCAAGCUCCAUCGGUCAUUACAGAAUCAGUCCGCAUCUGUUCUCACGGUCCCCAGUGGUUUGGAGCUCAGCACCCUCAAUGACACUUUACCACAACCAGGCAUCGGCUUAUGUCUUCCCGUGGAGCAAGCUGAAAAGCUGCUGUUAUCCAGCUGGGGCUUGCCCAAACCUGUGCUGGAGCGCUACCAGAAGCACAGAGUGACUCAGAUGUUUGAGUGGCAGGCUCAGUGCCUCGCUGUGGGACAGGUGCUGCAGGGAGGUAACCUGGUUUACUCCGCUCCUACCAGUGCUGGGAAAACUCUGGUGUCAGAGCUGCUGAUUUUGAAGCGCGUGUUGGAGACCAAAAGAAAAGCUCUCUUCAUUCUGCCAUUUGUGUCUGUGGCCAAAGAGAAGAUGCACUACCUUCAGAGUGUGUUUGAAGAAGCAGGGGUUCGCGUGGAGGGCUACAUGGGCAGCACCUCGGCCGCAGGCGGCUUCAAAGCCCUGGACGUGGCUGUUUGCACCAUAGAAAAAGCCAAUUCUCUCAUUAACAGACUCAUUGAAGAGGACAGUAUGGGUCUCCUAGGUAUGGUGGUGGUAGACGAGUUACAUAUGGUUGGAGAUUCUGGAAGAGGAUACCUGCUGGAGCUGCUGUUAACUAAAAUCCGCUACAUCGCACAGAAGCACAACACCACAGGGUCUCUGUCUGAAGGUGUGCAAAUAAUAGGUAUGAGUGCCACCUUGCCAAACCUCUCGCUCCUGGCCACGUGGUUAGGCGCAGAGCUUUACCAGACGGACUACAGACCUGUGCCCCUGCAGGAGCAUCUCAAGGUGGGCUGCAACAUCUACGACAAAAGCCUCUCUGUGGUACGGGAGUUCAAGCCUGCACUCCACAUUAAGGGUGAUGAUGACCACAUAGUGAGCUUGUGUUAUGAGACGGUGAGAGACGGCCACUCUGUGCUGCUGUUUUGCCCCUCGAAGAACUGGUGUGAGAAGCUGGCAGACAGCAUCGCUAGAGAGUUCUACAACCUCAGACGUGCUGAUCGACAGGGUGAAGCUGAGCCUCAGCCAGUGUGUCUGGAUCAGAAGGGAUUAGUGGAUGUGAUAGCCCAGUUGAGGCGAACUCCGGCUGGUUUAGACCCCACCCUGCAGCGCACCGUGCCGUGGGGGGUGGCUUUUCACCAUGCUGGUUUGACAUUUGAUGAGCGUGACGUGUUGGAGGGAGCUUUUCGUCAGGGAAUGGUCAGAGUCCUGGCUGCCACCUCGACCCUUUCCUCAGGGGUUAAUCUGCCAGCUCGCAGGGUCAUCAUUCGAACUCCUACUUUCAAUGGCCGUUUGUUGGACCCACUCACGUACAAACAGAUGGCUGGACGAGCAGGGAGAAAAGGAGUGGACACGACAGGUGAGAGUGUGCUGGUGUGUAAGCCGGCAGAGCGUCAAAAAGGUAUCAGUCUCCUUAAAGGUGAUCUUCAGCCAAUCAGCAGCUGCCUGGUGCGAAGGGAAGGUGACGGUGUCACCACGAGCAUGCUGCGAGCCAUCCUUGAGAUAAUUGUUGGAGGUGUAGCCAGCACUCCUCAGGAUGUGAGAUUGUAUGCUUCAUGCUCACUUCUGGCCGCCAGCAUGAAAAGCGACGUCGGACAGGAAUCUAAUGAAGGGACCAACAAAGGAGCUAUUGAGGCCUGUGUUGAAUGGCUGAUGGGGAAUGAAUUCAUUAGUAUUCAGAAGGAUGGACAAGACGAGCGAUACUGUCCAACCCAGCUUGGUGCUGCCACCCUUUCUUCUUCCCUCUCGCCUCCCGAGGCUCUGGGAAUAUUUGCAGAUCUCCAGCGGGCCAUGAAGGGAUUCGUUCUGGAAAACGAUUUGCACAUCUUGUAUCUGAUCACUCCGUUGUACGCCGAGUGGACCACCAUAGACUGGUACCAGUUCUUCUGUCUGUGGGAGCAGCUGUCGUCAUCGAUGAAGAGAGUAGCAGAGCUGGUUGGCAUUCAGGAAGGCUUCCUAGCACGAUCUGUCAGCGGCAAACUUGUUGCCAAGACAGAGAAGCAGCAUAGACAGAUGGCCAUUCAUAAAAGGUUUUUCACCACUCUUGUACUACAGGAUCUGGUGAACGAGGUGCCUUUGGGAACUGUAGCCUCCAAAUACAACUGCAAUCGUGGGCAGUUACAGUCUCUCCAGCAGUCUGCUUCUACGUAUGCUGGUAUGGUAACAGUAUUCUGCAAACGUCUGGGCUGGCACAACAUGGAGCUGCUGCUGUCUCAGUACCAGACCAGGCUGAGCUUCGGAGUCCAGAGGGAGCUGAUCGACCUGGUCCGGGUUUCCCUUCUGAAUGCAACACGAGCCAGAGCGCUCUACGCCCAAGGCCUCUGCACUGUUGCAGAGCUAGCCAGGGCUACGGUGGAGGACGUGGAGAAAGCCUUGCGGAAUGCCGUCCCGUUUAAGAGCUCCAAACGCGCGGUGGAUGAGAGCGAAAUGGAGGCAGCCGAGAGAAGAAGCCUCCGCUGCGUCUGGGUCACCGGUGGACGAGCUCUGACAGAACAGGAAGCGGCUGCUGAGAUCGUGUCUGAGGCACGGCUCCUUCUUCAAGAAGACCUGGCCCAGUUAGGAGUCCAGUGGGAUCCGACGUCGCUUCCUCCUGAGGCUCCUGGUGUGGACAGCCCGGAUGAUCUCCAGAGUAGGGACUCGGACUCCUCAUCUGCCUCAAAUCUGAGCUCACAUGAAGCACGGGCAGGAAACAGUAAAGAGCAUCAUAAGGGAAAGCAGAUUGAGGUUGGGGUUACUGACAAGCACAGAGAGAAAAGCAUGGCUGAAAGGAAAGAUAAACAAGAAGGAGCCACCAGAAGACAGCAGGGGAAGCGUAAAUCUGAAGUGAUGAAAUUACAGAACAUGUUGGAGGAGCCCAGGAAGGAAAACAGGACUGAACCAGAAAUGAUACAAACAACCAAUGAAGAUCCAGCGGAAAGAGCCAAAGGAACAAUGAAUGCAGAAACAAAUGAAUUGGAAGCAAAUGACACAGAAACUCCAAAUGAAAUUAAUAAUGGCAAACAAGAGUCAGAGCAAGAGUGCAGCACAGCAAAGCCAAAAGCAGCAGACACAAGUAAAGAGACGGUCUCCGUCAGAGCAGGGAAUCAUCUUGCGACUAGGCCUCUUCCUGAAAGGAGCCUCACACAGGAGUUGGCUGAGAUUGUAUCAAGCCCCCAGCCACUGUUGUUGCCCCAGCCUGAGCCCUCACCUUCCCCAGCGCCACUCCGACGCUUCAGAGCCCCGAUAUCCCGCGUGGAACAACAAACUGAUUCCACAAGGACAACGAGAGUGGAUUUCACCACAGCGCUCACUGUGUCCCCUGUGCAGCCAGGUAGGCUGAAGCAUGCAAAAACCUUAAGCAAAGUCCUCCACUCCAUACAAACUGACAAAAGCCUGCAAGAUAAUGUAGAGGCUGCACAGGCAAUGCACUCAAAAGUCCAAAAAUGUAGCACCCCAGGUCAGGUGCAUAUAGCUCCUGCACAAGAGGAGUCCCCUCCUGGCGUUCCUGCGUCGACAAACGCAGAUAUGUUCGUCUCACCCUUGUCUGUUUCCCCUGUCCCCGCACUCUCUCCCGAGGCCAAGCGAAGAAGAACGGAUGCUGGAGAAGUGGAUAAGUUUUCCUCCCCUGAUCUGUACACGGGGGACGAGACGGACGAAGGCGCCGCGGGAGACGUCAAAAUGGGAGAGGAGAGCUUCGGCGACAGCUUCGAGUUGGACAGUCAGACGGAAAGAAUCAUUGUUCAGCAGGCGCACCAGCAUGGAGGCACAGUGGUGGAAACACACAAGAUGAAUGAGGAAGAAGAGCUGGCUGAUGAGAGAAGAAAUGAGCUGGAGGGCCCUGAUUCAGUAUCUCCCAGAUUCAACAUUUCCCUCACAGAUAGCCAGAUGGAGGUCAUCCUUGACACCAGCCACCAGAUUACCCCCGGCCCAAUCGGUUGCGACAAUGCGGAUGAAGGCGAAGGUGCAUUUGAUGACCAGCCGCCGCUCGAUGCUAACCAGGCUGCUUCCGACAGCUUCAACAGAAGCAGCAGCUUCCUAUUCGACAGCCUGUAUGACAGCCCCCUGCUGGCGGGCCUGAGAUCCCAACAGAUCCCUGACCAACCGGACGAAGAAGAACCAGUCGGCCAGGAGGGCGGAGACAAGUGCCCCCUUCCGUCUGCGCAGGAGAGACGCCGCAGCGAGCUUCUGGUCAACCGGGAGGCGGAGGAGCAGGAGGCAGUCCAAUGGGGCGAGUCCUUCUUCAACCUGUCGGAGUGGGGCGACUCGCUGUUGGUCGGUGAACACUUCCUGGAGAGGCGGAGCUUAAUCAGACACGCGGGUACAAAUGAGGAGGACCAGGAGGUCGGUUCUCACCAAGUGCAGCAAGCAAACGCAGGCCAAGAUGCACAAACUAAACCCACGACAACCAGAAAUGAGCACGGCGUAGACAAAGCUGGCAACGAUCAAAGCCAUUCAAAAAUAGUUAAUCAGCAUAACAAUGCACAACAAGACCUUGAACCAUGCGGGAGACGGGAAGAGAAGAGGCGAGAUGAAGAGGAAGUUCGUGUUUUAUUGUCAGAUGAUGCCCGUUUUAAACGGCCACCUACCCAAAGUGCACCUGAAAGUGGUCUUUACUGCAGCCCUGAAUUACAAGACAUCUUUGACCGCUGGCCUAGUAUGUCUGACCAGCCCUGGCAAAACACAGCCACUCAAACUACUUGUGCGAUGACAGCGGGUGCUUUGGUGGUGACGCGAUCCUCGACACAAGCGGGAAGAAAAACGGGGAUGUCACAGAAACCUGCUGCUGCUGCUGUUGCUGCUGCUGCUGACGCUGGAAGAUAUUUGCAAAAUGAUGAGCCCACGACACUCGAAGGCGAAGCCGUAGCAGAUAGGCCAGGCUCUGCUGGUGACCUCAUCCCCCCAACUCAGGAAACACCACCUGUCACACCGAGAGUAAAACUGACCACCUCAUCCGUCCAGUCCCCUCUCAGUUCUCAGCGGCUUAAACAAUCAGCGUCUUCAAACCUCUUUCAAGAGAAAUCAGUCGUCGGAAAAUGCCCUAAAUCCCUCCCAGGAAAUAAUAAUCACCCGGCAGCAGCUGUUUCUUCCCCCAAUAAUAAACAGCUGAAAUCUAUUCCUGAUCGUCAUCCUAAAACACUACCUGAACCCAUGCAGAAAGCUGUUCUACACUCAAGUUUGAAAGCCAAACUCUUACAACCCACCGAUCAGAACCUCAGCCCACACCGUGCGUCUCCUCCCUCCCCUGAGCCGAAGCCCGUCUCUGAUACGGAAACGCCUGUGACUCGUGAGGGUUUCGCUCUUCACCUGUCCCAGGACGCAUCGCUCUGUUCUAGCAACUCGGGAACCUUCUCCAUCAUAGACGUGGCAAGCGACAGGCGCCUCUUUGAAACUUUCAUUAAAGAGUGGAAGGCAAAGGAGCGGUACACUCUGGCUCUGGCCUGUGAAAAGAGGGAGCACAGGCAGCAGCCUGAGUGGGAGAUAGGAGGGAAACACAAGAGAGUGUCAGCAGCUCAUAAGAAGCUCAACACGUCCAAUGGUUUUCCAGUAAGAGACAGCGAAGGACUAGUCCUGAUUGGACUCGCCAUCUGCUGGGGAGCAAGAGAUGCAUACUAUAUAUCUCUGCAGCAAGAGCAGAGCAAAGGUCUGAGCUCCAGUCUGGCUCCUCCACCACUGGAUGAGGAUUUGUCAGUAAGCGAGAGGCUGGACCAGGUGAGGACCUGCCUGGGCAGACAGUCAUCUGGACACGAAGCGCCAGUGGUAGUCGUGUAUGACGUCAUCCAGGUGUACAAGACGCUAGUACUGAGCUGUAGCAUCAGCUUGGAGGGAAAUUGUGAAGACCCAAAGGUUGCGUGCUGGCUGGUGGACCCUGGCACUGAGGAGAGGACGCUAACCAACAUGGUGACCGUCUACUGUCCUGAAGAAUUACCUCUGCUGGACGGACUUGGCAACGCGCACUCGUAUUGUCCUCGUGUCAGGGCGGCGACCAAGAGUGUGCUCAUACACGCUGUCAUGAACCAUCUCACCGGAUUGCUAGAGAAAGAUGGCACAUUAGAUGCGUUCAGGACCAUAGAGAUGCCGUCCCAGGUUUGUUUGGCCCUGCUGGAACUGAACGGAGUUGGCUUCAGCGUUGAAGAGUGCGAGAGACAAAAACACGUGAUGCAAGCCAAACUCUCAGCGCUGGAAUGUGAAGCUUACAGCCUGGCGGGACGCAGCUUCUCCCUCACCAGCGUCGACGACGUAGCACAGGUGUUGUUCUUCGAGCUCCAUCUGCCUCCGAACGGUGACGUAGGUGGAUCUAAAAAUAAGAAGACUCUGGGCUACGCCAGGAGAGGCGCUGGCAGGGUGCGACUUGGAAAGCAGUUCAGCACCACCAAGGAUGUUCUGGAGAAGCUUCGCCCCCUGCACCCUUUACCGGGGGUAAUUCUAGAGUGGAGGCGGAUCACCAACGCCUUAACUAAAGUGGUGUUCGCACUGCAGAGGGAGAAACGGUACCAGCCCACACUGGAAAUGGACAGAAUAUACCCCAUCGCCCAGACACACACAGCCACAGGCAGAGUGAGCUUCACUGAGCCCAACAUACAGAACGUCCCCAAAGACUUUGACAUUUACAUGCCCACGGUGGUGGGUGAGAGCCCCCCUUCACAAAAUGGCUGCAGGAGGACCACCAAACCAGGAAAGAGGAGACGAUCUGGGGUUCCCUCAGUGACAGGUGGACCCGCAGAACGCGGCCCGGCCUUUUCUGUCAGCAUGAGACACGCUUUCGUUCCCUUUUCAGGUGGAAUGAUAUUAGCAGCUGAUUACUCCCAGCUGGAGCUGAGGGUAUUGGCUCAUCUGUCGAAGGAUCAGCGCCUCCUGCAGGUGCUGAACGGAGGAGCAGACGUGUUUCGCUGCAUCGCUGCCGAGUGGAAAAGCAUCGAUCCAGAAUCUGUGAACGACAGCCUCCGACAACAGGCAAAACAGAUUUGCUACGGCAUCAUCUACGGGAUGGGAGCAAAGUCUUUGGGGGAGCAGAUGGGAGUGGAGGAGAACGACGCGGCCUGCUACAUCGAGAGUUUCAAGGCCAGAUAUAAAGGUAUCAGUGCUUUUCUUAAACAGACUGUGAAAAACUGCAUAAAGGACGGCUACGUUCAGACGCUGAAGGGCCGCAGGAGAUACCUGGCUGGAAUCACCAGCACCAACGCGCACGUCAAAGCUCACGCGGAGCGCCAGGCCGUGAACACGACCGUACAGGGUUCAGCGGCCGACAUCGUCAAACUUGCCACCGUCAACAUCCAGAAGCAGCUGCGUAGAACCUACCCCGCGGCGCCGCCGUCCCACCAGCACGCUCACUCAGGCCGUGACCGGCGCAGAGGAGCUCACUUUGUCCUGCAGCUGCACGAUGAGCUCAUCUACGAAACCGCAGAAGAAGACCUCAUACAGGUCGCACAGAUAGUGAAGAGGGAGAUGGAGUCAGCUGUGAAGCUCUAUGUGAAGCUCAAGGCCAAAGUCAAAGCGGGACCCAGCUGGGGGAACCUGCAGGACCUGGAUAUAUGAUGUGAAUGUUUUAACGUUUGAAAUCAAAUACAAUGUAUUGUGAUAUGCACCGAUCAGACAUAACAUUGUGACCACCUUCCUAAUGUUGUGUGGGUCUCCCUUGAAAAGAGUCGGGAUUCAUCAGAGAAUGGACGUGGGUCUUCUGAGGUUGUCCUGUGGUGUCUGGUAAC